CGAAAGAAUUUUGAACUUAAAGCGCCUUUUGUUUUAGAUCAGUUAGCCUACUACUUCCAUCAUCUCUCACCGUAUUUUGCGUAUUUUAUAUGCAACAUGGACUUGCAUUUGAAAAAUCAUCUAUAUUUAAAUAGCCUUAACUACAAAAGGUCACUGGAUCGAAUCAUAGACAAGUAUUCAAAGCUUCAGUACCAAGACGGGGGGAUAGAGGUGGACCUCAAUGAUACAAAUUCCCAGACAAUUGAACGCUACAUGAAGCUGUCAAAAACGGAGCUGAACAGUCUGGAAUCGAAGAGCCUGACAGAUCUGAGAGACGAGUCACUGAGAGCCCAGGACAUUACAAGAGACUCUCAGCUGGACUUCACACAUCAAGAUGGUGGAGCUGCUGAGACUUGUGUUUCUAGUGUUUCUUCUACCCAAUUUUCUGUGGAGGAUGAUGGGAUGGAUAGGAGUGAUACGACUCAGCGGACCGCGAGCUCGUUGAAUGAGAGUCACAGAAACCUUUCUGAGACAGAGCUGCAGCCGGAGGAUCAAGAUGAGGAACUGGAGAUGUCUCUGAGAAGUCAUGGCAGUUCUUUGGCCGAGCUCUAUCCCAGCAUGAUCAGUCGAAUAGAGAGAGUCUGGCAUCGGCAGCAUGUCUCUGAGGCUGCCGUGUCUGUGCUGAGGAGGUACCGCAGAUGGAGACAGCAGCCAAACAGAAGCUAUCUCAACAACACUUUCACUGUAACACUGAGACACAACAACCCAAAAAAGAUGAUCAACAAGAUGUUGCUCAAGGAGAGUUCAUCAAACAGCCCUGUGAAAAUCCAGGUCAGGGGAACCGAUGCUACUCCUCGAUCUCCCUUGCAGACGGUUGCCAAUCUACAGGGUUGGCAAGCACAGUCUCCUGUUAGGGUGAAAGGCUCAAUGAGAAGAGAGCACAACCAGCCUAUCCUCGUCAUGGACCUCUCUGGUUCCUCGGAAAUCUCUAAACUAAGAGAGAUCUCCCUGAACGAGACCUUCAAUGUGUCCCAGCUGGGAGAUAAGCCCUCCACUUCUGCUGUCAGUCCCUCACGACCUUUGUAUCCCACUGUGAAAGCAUCCUUGGACCUGUCCCUCUGGUCUAAGAGGCCGUCUCUCACUGCAGACUCACCACAGACUGAUGGGUGCUCCAUGUAUGCAUCACACACCACCGCUAUUACAGAGAGGCCAGACAUCUACAGUUCCCCACUCAGACAGAGUCCCUUAAAAGCAAGGAUGAUGACCAGCCUCAGUAGAUCACCUCAUACCUUUUCCCGAAGCCCCAGAGCACAUUCUGUGGAAAGCUUUUCCAGAGAGCCUAAGAGAUCCAGAUCAAUGUCCACGUCCCUCUCCUCCCCUCCACAAAAGCCAUCUGUGGCACAGAGGAUGCUUUACCCUCAAGACUCCCAUCAUUCAUCCCAGUCACAGCUGCGUUCACCUCAGUCAGCCACAGCAGCAGGUCGUCACAGGCUCCGGCGGCACCUUUCCUUCGACUCCUCCGUGCCAUCUACUCGCAUCUUUUACUCCCCAAAGGAGCUUGAUGAGGGUUUUAUAAAACUUUACCACAAAUUUGUCUGCCAGAGCAAAUCGUCUUUCUUUAAUAGGCUUCCGUGCCGUUUCUGUGCUAGAAGCUCAGAGGCCAGCAGAAGCCACUCCUCCUCAGCUCUGGCUGCCCUCGCCUUGUCACCACACCGCUCCGUCUUGAGGAAACGCCUCAGGGAGAUAAGCUGGGGCAGCCACCGCCAGUCCAAACGCUCCAGGGAUGAGUACUGCACAUCCUCGCCAGGAUCCAAGCGCCAUAGUAACGAAAUGCUGAGGCGCCGUCUCUCUCCAUCUGAAUAUGAGCAGUCCCAUUGUGGCAUCUCCUUCAGCCCAAGUAAAAACAGCAUGUUUCAAAGAUUCAGCACCCAGCAGCGCUCAGGAGACACGCAAACUUGGAUGAGUCCGGUUCGCAACACAUCUGCAUCUGAGCUUUCUGGCCUGGGAGGUUCAUUUGAGAGCAAAAUGGCCAGUGGAUAUUCCCCAAGAAAAUGGUGGUGAGCAGGGACUAACAUCAGCUCACCCGCAGAAGGAAAACUAUUCAGUUGUGUAACAACUGCGAUUGUAAAAGGAUUCUGUAGCAGCGUGACGCUUCACAUUCACAAUAACUAACAGGUGACAGUGGGAGCAAAUAAAAGUUAUUUCUUCUAGUUGCCGCAGUGUGAGUUCAGUAAGUUGUCUUACUAAACUGCUGAGAUGUUUUAAUGUCCAAAUUGUUUGUGUUUUUUUAAAAUCCUAAUUAGUGUCCCUGUUUGGAUGUUGUAUUUUGUAUAAACACCAUUAGAAAGAUCUGUUAAAGUGAUUGUGCUUUCACUGUUGAGUGUCCUCCAACCAUAUGUUUUACUGUUUGUGCUCUGAUGCAUGGUCACCCAAGUUAGCAGUUUUGUGUUUUUCUUGUAAAAUUCUGUUCAUUAUUAAAGUAAAUUGUGUCAAAGUGAAAAUGAA